AUGCUCGACGCGAUUGCCGAAGUGGCUAAUAACGGGGAUGCGAGAGGCGUGGAACUGCGAGGGUACUUGAACCGCGCGACUCUCAACCUCAUUCUGCGGCUGACUGUCGGAAAGCAUUACACCUACAGCACGAUCCGUCGCGCCGCUGCUGCCGCGCCUGGCGAGAUCCUCGACGCGGCUUACAAGACGGACUGGGAGGGACGGCUGGCCAAGAAAUUUGCGGAAACUUCGCCGCGAUCUGCGGCGGAUGCGGCGGAGGAUGAAAUGGAAGGCGAGAAGGUCAUUGCGAUGGUGGACGAGACGUUUCAGGUGAUGGGGACAUUUAACUUGGCGGAUUUCGUUCCAUGGCUCAGCCCUUUGGACCCGCAGCGCAUCUACUGGCGCGCGAAGCGGCUCAAACCGAAUACAGACGGGUUUCUGUAUGCGUGCAUCGAGGAAAGAAGCGAGAUGCUGAAAAAGCAGGGAGAGGGAGAGGAGGCGGAAAGAGUGAUGGUAGAUGCUCUGUUGGAGAUGGAGGGGGAAGGGGAGGAUAGGGUUACCCGAAAAGAUAUGAUGCUGCUGUGUAUGGACAUGAUGAAUGCUGGCACGGACACCACUGCCAAAACCGUGGAAUGGGCCCUUGCUGAGCUGGCAAGGCACCCGGCCAUGCUGGAACGCCUCCAAGCUGAGGUGGAUGCGGCGCAUGCCAAGUCAGCUGCGGUAGGGGAUGGCAUGGGGAAACAGGGCGAGGAAAAUGCAUCUCUCCCAGUACAAGAGAUGCCGUAUCUUCAGGCGGUGAUCAAAGAGACUCUGAGGCACCACCCACCAGUACCACUCCUCAUCCCUCACAUGACAACUGCCAGUGUUGCUAUUGGCGGUUACACCAUCCCUUCAAACACGAUCAUUCAGAUCAACGGCUGGGGUCUCGCUCACGAUCCAACGGUCUGGACCAACCCCGAUGAAUUUGACCCCAGCAGGUUUCUCGUCCCGUCUGCUCCUGAUGUGACCGGGCAGGAUUUUUGUGUGCUGCCGUUUGGUUCGGGCAGGCGUGGGUGUGUGGGUUUGAAUCUGGGAAUGGAUUUAUCUGCUCGCAUGCUGGCCAAUUUCAUUCACCGGUUUAGCUUGAAGCUGCCUGAAAACGUGGUGAAGUCUGGUGGAGUGGACUUGGGAGAGGAGUUCAGUCUUACCGUGGCACUGGCAAAGCCACUGCGGCUUGUGCUCCUGGAGAGAAAUGCUUGUCACACUCACUGUCCCUCUCGACUUGCCACUGGUGCUGCAACCACUCCUACUGCUCCUGCUGCUUGGGAAUAA